UGGCCCCCCACCCCUUCCUCUAAUGACUUUGUUCAUUUUUUUCCUAUCUGUGGCCUCCCUCUUUCCCUUUAAGAUCUCCCUUCACCUGCUCCUUUAAGAGCCCCUCGCUCCUGGGGAUUAAUAGCCCCUGAUUAUUAAAGUGUCUGCCUCCCCUUUAAGAGUGGCCUUGCCUCUGAUUGGCCCACCCUGGGUAAGGGGCGUGGCGUGGAGGGGCAGCAAGAUGGCGGCGGCGUUGAGGAACGUGAAGGGGAUGGUUGGCCUGGUCACUGGUGGGGCCUCUGGCCUGGGUCGCGCCACCGCUGAGCGCCUGGUGCAGCAGGGAGCCAGCAUGGUGAUCGUGGACCUGCCAACGUCGGAUGGGCCGAGUGUGGCCAAAGCGCUGGGGGAACAAUGCGUCUUUGCUCCAGCUGAUGUGACGUCAGAGGUGGACGUAAAGGGGGUUCUGGCUCUGGUGCGGGAGAAGUUUGGGCGCUUGGAUUUGGCCGUGAACUGCGCCGGAAUCGCCGUGGCCGUCAAGACCUACAAUGCCAAGAAGGACGUGCCCCACAGCCUGGAGGAUUUCCAGAGGGUCCUCAACGUCAAUGUUGCCGGCACCUUUAACGUGAUCCGACUGAGUGCUGGUGAGAUGGGCAAAAAUGACCCUGACUCCGAUGGGCACAGAGGAGUGAUCGUCAACACAGCCAGCGUGGCUGCUUUCGAGGGCCAGGUGGGUCAAGCCGCGUACUCCGCCUCUAAAGGGGGCAUCGUGGGCAUGACCCUGCCGAUUGCCAGGGAUCUGGCCCCUAUGGGGAUCCGUGUUGUCACCAUCGCCCCAGGUCUGUUUGCCACCCCCCUGUUGGCAGGGCUCCCCGAGAAGGUGCGAACGUUCCUGGCUCGCCAGGUGCCCUUCCCCAGCCGCCUGGGGCUGCCCGGGGAAUACGCCCACCUGGUCCAGUGCAUCGUGGAGAACCCCAUGCUGAACGGGGAGGUGAUCCGCCUGGACGGCGCCAUCCGCCUGCAGCCCUGAGCCGCUGCCCCAGGCUGGGGGGCGCUGAUUCCCCCCCUUCUGCGGUUCCGCCCUCUCUGGACUCUAAUCAUGGACUCCUGCAGUGAUUCGGCCCCCGCACAAUGAGGAUGUGGGGGGCGGAGUCUGAGUCGUUCUGACUCCUGCCCCCGGUCGGCGACUGGGCCUUAAUAAAUGAUCGUCUCGAGGUG